AUGCCAGAAGUCUUAUCAUCUAUCAAUAGAAGAAACAAUGAUAUGUUGAAGAAUAAGUCAUUGUUGAAAACACCCGAAGAUGAAAAUAAAGAAAGUAUAACACUUAUUCGAUUUGAUCCAAGUUUUGGAUUACAUGAAGAUAUUGAACAAACUAAGCAACAACUUCGUUAUCUCAAUGAUUAUCUUAUUAUUUAUACCGAUCUUGAUGAAUCUAUUAGAUUUAUUCAAUCCAUUACUAAAGAAAAAAUCUUUCUUAUUACAUCUGGAUCAGAAGCACCACAAUUAUUAUCUCAGAUUUAUUCACUUCAUCAGCUUGAUUCCAUAUUUAUUUUUACGAUGAAAAAAAUUCAAUAUGAAUAUUUAUUAGACGAAUAUUCGAAAAUAAUUGGCAUUUAUGAUGAUUUUGAUGAUUUAUAUCAAUCAAUUGAAGAACAAAUUAACCUUGUUGAUACACAAUUACAAACAUUUUCUUAUUUUGAUAAAGAUCAAAAAAUUAUGAAUGAUUUAUCAAAAACAUCCAAUGAAUUUUUAUGGUAUCAACUAUUUAAUUAUGUUAUUAAACAACUUCCCAAAAAUCAACAACCAAAAGAACAAAUGAUUAAAAUAUGUAAACAAUAUUAUCAGGAAAAUCUAAAGCAACUUCAAUUAAUUGAUCAAUUCCAAGAUGAAUAUCAAUCACAAGACGCCAUUCAAUGUUAUCUAAAACAAUCAUUCAUUUAUCAAUUGAUCAAUAAAGCUUUAAUAACAAAAGAUAUUGAUCAAUUACAUAUAUUUCAAUUCUUUAUUAAUGAUCUUUCACAAAAUCUUGAACAUGAACAUGAAAAACUUUUGUCAUUCGAAGAAAAAAUAUUAAUUGUUUAUCGAGGAACAAAAAUGAAUCAAGAAGAUUUUGAUAAAUUAAAAGAAAAUCAAGGACACCUUAUUUCAACAAACGGAUAUUUAUCAGCUACUCGAAACAAAUCUCAAGCACUUGAUUCUGCAUUAAAAUCAACAAAACGAACAGAUAUUGUUUCUGUACUUUUUCAAAUUGAAUGUCAUGUUCAACAAAUUGGAAAAAAUCUAUUUUUUGCUCAGAUUGAAAAAGAUAUCUUGUUUAAUUUCAAUGUUUGUUUUACAAUUGAUUCAAUUGAACAAUAUCAAUCAGUUCAAUUGAUUAAAAUGACUUUAUCAAAUGAAGGAGAGAAUUUAAUCAACGAUUAUAUUAAGAAAAUACAAGAUCUAACAGAACAACAAAGUAUUGUGAUUAUAUUUGGAAGUUUAAUGUGUAAAUUAGGUGAAUAUGAUAAAUCACAAAGAUAUUUUGAACAAUUAUUAAAUAAACCAAAUGGUCAAGAUAUUCCUUGGAUUAUAUUUAAUAUUGGUCAAAUUCUUUAUGUUCAAGAUAAAUGGAAAGAAGCACGGGAAUAUUAUGAGCAGGCAAUUGAUCAAAUGAGAAAUAAUAAACCGCCAAGAACCAGAGAUUUAGCUCAUGUACUCCAGAAGAUUGCUCUUAUUCUUAAACAACAACAGAAAUAUGAUGAAGCACUCGAUAAUAAUCAACAGACACUCAAAAUACAAGAAAUAUAUUAUCCCUCUGAUCAUAUCGUUAUUGCUAGCAGUCUCAAUAGUAUUGGUGUUACACUUUAUAAGCAAAAAAAGUACGAUGAAGCUCUUGAUUAUUAUCAACGAGCACUAAAAAUACAAGAAAAAUCUGAUCCGCCUAGUGAUGUCGAUGCUGCUCGUACCCUCCAUAAUAUUGGUAUUAUUCUUAGAGAACAACAAAAGUACAAUGAGGCUUUCAAUUACCAUCAACGAGCACUAAAAAUUCAAGAGAGAUAUUAUCCAUCUGAUCAUAUCGUUAUUGCUCGUAGUUUCAUUCUUAUUGGUCUAGUCCUCGCUAUUCAAAGAAACUCAAAUGACGCUCUAGACUAUUAUCAACGAGCAUUAACAAUCCAAAAGAAAUAUUAUCCAGCUGUUCAUGUUGAUAUUACUAGUAGCCUUAAUAAAAUUGCUGCAGUUUUGGUUGAUCAAGGAAAAUAUGAUGAAGCUCUCCACUAUACUGAACAAGCACUAGAAUGUCAAAACAAAUUAUAUCCUACUGGUCAUGCCGAUAUUGCACAAAUUCUUGACGAUUUUGGCAAAAUUUACAUAAAACAAUUCAAGUAUAAUGAAGCUUUUGAUUACCAUAAACAAGCACUCAAAAUACGAGAAAAAUAUUAUCCACCUGAUCAUAUUACUAUUGCUGAUAGUUUUUCUUUCAUUAGCAAAGUCUUCUCUUAUCAAGGAAAAUUCGAUGAAGCUCUUGACUACCAACAACGAGCAUUGAUAAUCCAAGAGAAAUAUUCUCCAGAUAGUCUUGCUGGUAUUAGUACAAGUCUCGUCAAUAUUGGUAGUAUUUUCAAACGACAAGGAAAACAUGAUGAAGCUAUAGAGUAUUAUCAACGAGCACUAACAAUUCAAGAGAAAUAUUAUUCAUCUAAUCAUAAUCGCUUUAUCAACACUCUCAAUAAAAUUGCGGCAGUUUUCUUUGAUCAAGGAAAAUAUGAUGAGGCUCUCCGCUAUGCUCAACAAAUACUAGACAUUCUAGAGAAAUUUUAUCCAGCAGAUCAUGGUAAUAUUGCUCGAAUUCUCGAAAAUAUUGGCAAGAAUUUAACAAAACAAGGAAAGUACAAUGAAGCUCUCAACUACCAUCAACGUGCACUCAGAAUACGAGAAGAAUAUUAUUUUUCUGAUCAUAUUACUAUCGCUGACAGCCUUCAGAAAAUUGGUUUUAAUCUUUAUAAACAGAAAAAGUACGAUGAAGCUCUCGAUUAUCAUCGACGAGCACGAAAAAUUCGAGAAAAAGUUUAUCCAUUCGGUCAUGCUUGUGUUGCUGAAAGUCUCGAUAAUAUUGCUUUUGUUCUUUCUUCUCAAGACAAGUACGAUAGUGCUCUCACCUAUCAUAAACAAGCACUCAAAAUUCGAGAGAAACUUUAUCCAUCUGGCCAUGCCGUUACUGCUGACAGUCUCAACCACAUUGGGAACACUUUCUUGAAUCAAGGAAAGUAUGAUGAUGCUCUUGUUUAUCAUCGACAAGCAUUAAAAAUACGAGAAAGAUAUUAUUCAGUUGCUCAUGCUGAUAUUGCUAAAAGUCUCAUUCAAAUUGGAAACAUUCUCUAUAAUCAAGGAAAAUACGAUCAAGCUCUCGACUGUUAUCAACAAGCACUCAGAAUACGAGAGAAAUGUUAUCCAUCUGGUCAUAUCAAUAUUGCUACAACUUUGAAUAAUAUUGGAGAAUGUUAUCAAAAUCAGGACAAGAAAACGAUGGCACUUGAUUACUAUCAACAAGCAUUAACUAUUUAUGAUAAGUUUCGUCCUCUUGAAUAUACAGCACGAGAGGAAAUGUUGCGCAAUAUCCGGCUACUUACUAACAAAAAGUGA